AUUGAAUAAGUGUUCAAGUCAGCAUAACAGACCGUUUCUUAAAAAGUUAAAAUGCAGAAAUUUACUGCUUUACUGGUUUUGUUCCUCACCAUUGCUGUGGUGAACUGUAUCGUCUGCCCGAAAGAAGACCCCUGUAAAUUCGUUAAAUGUGAAGACCACGGUUUGUGUUCCGAAAAAAAUCAAGAGGUCAGAAAAGGUGGUUACUGUGACUGCUGUAAUGUUUGUUUUACUGUACUAAAGGAAAAUGAGUCUUGUUUUGCUUCAAUACUACGUAAUGUACCCCAAACUAAAGUCUGCGCGGAUGGACUUGUAUGUCAUGAAAGAAAAUGUAUUAAAAAAGAAAAUUACAUCAAACUUUUAAAGGAUAAACAUUUAAAUUAAAACAAAAAAUGAUUUAUUAAAUAUAUAUUUGUAUAGGUA